AUGGCGAGUCAUCUGCUGUUCCUUGCUCUGUUGGCUGUUGCCUGCUCUUGUGCCAUCGCCUCAGAUCCGAGCCUUCUCCAAGAUGUCUGCGUUGCGGACAAGACAUCUCCAGUGCAAGUCAAUGGGUUCGCUUGCAAAGACGCAACGGACGUCGCAGCAGAAGACUUCUACUUCUCCGGCCUUGACAAGGUUGGCAACACGAGCAACAAGCAGGGCUCAGCUGUGACACCAGUCAAUGUCGCACAGAUCCCUGGCCUGAACACGAUGGGGAUCUCCAUGGUUCGCAUCGACUAUGCUCCCAAUGGCAUGAACCCACCUCAUACUCACCCUCGUGCCACAGAGAUACUGACAGUGUUGGAGGGCUCGCUCUUCGUUGGCUUUGUUACCUCGAAUCCAAACAAUGAACUGAUCACCAAGGCUCUGAACAAGGGAGAUGUGUUUGUGUUCCCAAAGGGAUUGGUACACUUCCAGUUCAACAAUGGUACAGGCAGUGCUGUUGCUCUUGCAGGAUUGAGUAGCCAGAACCCUGGAGUCAUCACUAUUGCCAACACAGUGUUUGGAUCCAAGCCAUCCAUUGGGCAUAAUAUACUAGCCAAGGCCUUCAAGGUCAACAAGGAAACAGUGGACUUAAUGCAAGCUCAGUUCUAA